AUGCAGGAGAAUGCGCCGGCAAUCUCAUCGCCGCUCAACCCCGAGGUCAGAGGACGUUCGCAGCGUGAGCGCAAAGAGACGGCCAAAAAGCGAGAGGCUACACGCGGUACCACGCCUACUGUGCCAGCUAAACGCAAGUCAACAGCCAUGUCGAGCAAUCGUCCUGCCUCUGCCCAGUCUGCCCCGUCACCUAUGCGCUUCCAGAUCCCUCAGCCUAAAACCUCAGACUACGACCCUCCCAAGCCACCAGUCUUUACCUCGCACGAACCCCUGCCAUACACUACUCCGGACGGAAAGACGGAGCUCAAGAAGGUGACGGACCAGGCUGAAAACAAGCGUGGUUAUCGCUACACCUUGGCAGUCGCCGACCCCAACUUUAGACACAAGCAGUUCUAUCGCCAAUCUGACGGUCUGCCUUACGGAGCCCGCAUGUCGUUCGAGGAUGCCGACCGCUCCAUCCACUACGAUACCAGUGGCCACUUUGUGACCAAUGCCAAAGGAUGGCGCAUGGCGAGAGCCAACGUCUGCGCGCGCGAAGGAUCCCUGUACUACGAAGUGCGCGUCGUGCGCGGGGAGCCCAAGGUCCACUCUGAGAAUGGCGCUGCACUAAAAGGACAAGAACCCCAUGUGCGUAUCGGCUGGGCUCGUCGAGAGGCCCCACUGGACGCGCCCGUCGGCUUUGACGGCUACAGCUACGGUAUUCGCGACAAGAACUUCGAGCCCAUGCACCGCAGCAGACCUUCCAAGCUCUUCCACCCGCGCACAUCAAAGUCCAAGCCCAACACUCCCAUCGACGUCAAUGACAGCAUCCGAGAAGGCGAUGUCGUUGGUCUCGAGAUCACUCUUCCCUCCCUGUCGCUGCACCACAAGGUCGUCGAAGGUCAGUACAAUCCUGCCGUCGAUCUUGGAGAUGGCUUUGAAGACUAUCCACCACGUCCUGACCCGUCGAUCGAACCUCACCAUAUCAUUCGUGACCGCAUUCCUGUCCCCUACAAGGGAAACAACUAUUUUGAGACAAUGGACUAUGUCUCAACAAAGCCAGUCGAGGCCUAUGCGGACCGCACUCUGUCCUUGACAAAUCUGUCUACCCCUGCCCCUGGAGCACCAACCUCCAUCAAAUCGCAACCCAACCCGCACCACUCGGAUCAACCUCUUCGCACCUUGCCACACAGCAACAUCCGCGUCUACAAAAAUGGUCACUUGAUCGGCACUGCCUUUGAGAAUCUUUUGUCAUUCCUACCACCCGCUAGUCAGGUUAGCAAGGCUCAGGGUGCGCGCGAAGGGUUUGACGAUGGCAUGCUCGGCUACUACCCUGCCAUCGCCUGCUUGAAUGGCGGUAUUGCCGAGCUCAACUUUGGCGAAGACAAAUUCUGGUUUCCACCAGCUCACCUGAAACCUGCUCCCAAUAUUCUCGACACUUCCGACUCCGACCAAAGGUAUUACUGCGGUCGCAACCUCCGCCCCUUGUCUGAGAGGUAUACCGAACAGAUCGCCGAAGACAUGGUCUGGGACGUGCUCGAUGAAGUCGAUCUCUUCGCCCAAGACGGUGGUUUCGAAGGCAAGGUUGGCGUCGGCGCACAUGCCGUCAAGAAGGGUGUUGCCAGCUUAAAGGAAGAGAUGGACUAG